CUUGCCAUGGACUGAAUCUUACAAAAUUAUCCCAAUAUGGAUUUCCCGACUUGGUCCGUAAUAGAUCGCACUGCAAGUCCAUCCCCAUCGGUUUCGCUCCAUGAAGAUACUGGUCUGGAGCGAUUAAAGAAUGAUACGGUCGUGCGACGACCGCGAGAAACGUCCGCGGUUGGCGGUAGCCCAACCUUGUUCCACCGGGUAAAGCAUAACAAGUCAAUUCUCGCUCUGGUGGUGUCGGAGAGCUAUAUUUAUGCGGGGACUCAGGACGGGUGUAUUUUGGUUUGGUCAUUGGAGACAUACGAGCUUAUUCAAUCCAUUACCGCUCACCGGGGAAGCGUUCUUGGUCUUCACGUUUCAGGAGAAGGCGAGCUACUGUUUUCAAGCGGUGGAGACGGAAUUGUAAAUGCGUGGUGCACCAGGUCGCUGAGGAGGCUGUAUUCAAUCUAUUCCGUGUACGACGUCGGAGAUGUCUUCUGCGUUGCCUAUUCGCCCACCUUGAAAACGAUAUAUAUGGGCGCACAGAACACAAGCAUUCAGUGGUACGAUUUAAAGCAAAAAGACCUCCGACCACCGCCGACGCUACAGUCGCACCCGAGUUUCCGCAGCCAUCGGUUCUUUGACUCGAAAGGUCCCGGUGGCAUACCAUCGCCUCGCCCCGAUGCGCGACGUCCGGAUACGGUUCGUGCGUUGGGUGGUCAAUUACUCGAGAUUGAAAGGCAACAUAUUGUCCAGUAUGCUCAUUUCGGUUACGUGUACUGCAUGCUCCUAGCCAAAGGUCUGGGGAACAAGGAGACUGGUGAGGAAGAUAUUCUCAUUUCCGGAGGUGGUGAUGGCACAAUCAAAUUGUGGAGUCUUGAUGCCAAGGCAGGUGGCGCGAUCACGGAGCUGGUUGCUCUCGAAAAUGGCGACAACUCUGUUCUCUCGCUGGCGCUCGACGGAACGUUUUUGUACGGUGGAUUGGCCGAGGGCGACAUCAACAUUUGGGACCUUGAUACGCGGCAACUUGUUCGAAGCGUCAAAGCGCACAGGGAUGACGUGCACACUUUGAGCGUUGGCUGGGGCAUAGUAUUUAGUGCCGGAGCCACGGGCUUUGCAAAGAAAUUUAAUCAGAGAUAUGAGUGUCUGUGCCGAUGGCAGGCUCACCAGGGUCUAGUAUUAGCAUCAGCAGUGGCAUGCUAUCGCGGACAGCGAAUUUAUGUCACAGGAGGGAGCGACGAUUGCAUCGCGAUUUGGGAUGUGAAUGACUGUGAUACUUAUCCUAUCGGCAGCUCGAAGACUAGCAAUGAGAAACUGCUUGGAUCUCUUGCAAGAUUGGUAUCUUAUCGGACUGUGUCAUCAGAUACACAGUACGCGGGAGAAUGCAGACGAGGAGCGAGCUAUCUACGGUCACUUUUCAAACGCUUUGGUGCUGUUACAGAAAUGUUGACCACAGAAGAUCACAUCAAUCCGGUCGUCUAUGCAAGGUUCAAGGGGAAGCCCUCGGAGUCUGCGCAACGAAAGAAAAUCCUCUUCUAUGGCCAUUACGAUGUGAUUGCAGCAGCUAAUGAUCACUCGAAAUGGAUUGUCGACCCCUUUUUAAUGCAGGGCAUUAAUGGAUAUCUCUACGGCCGAGGAGUUUCAGAUAACAAGGGGCCGGUGUUAGCUGCCCUUUACGCUGCCGCAGAGCUUGUUUCCGAACAAAGCCUGGACUCUGACAUCAUCUUCCUGAUCGAAGGCGAGGAAGAAUGCGGAUCUCGGGGCUUUGAGGGAGCAAUCCACAAAUACAAGAAUCUAAUCGGCGAUAUUGACUGGAUUCUGCUGGCGAACAGCUACUGGCUUGAUGACGAUAUCCCCUGCCUUACUUAUGGCCUGCGGGGCGCGAUCCACGCAACUGUUCAAGUCGAAAGCAAUCAGCCGGACCUGCACAGCGGCGUUGACGGCAGCGAGCUCAUGGACGAGCCGUUAAAAGAUCUGGUCAUGUUGCUAGCCACUUUAACCGGCCGACAAGGUCGGAUUAACAUUCCCGGAUUCUACGAUCCAGUCCUUCCCGUCACUGAUGCCGAGAUUGAACGUUAUGCGGCCAUUACUGAGGCGCUCCUUUCGCGCAACCCAGAGCUCGGCGAUCCGCAAAGCUUGACUGCAUCGCUCAUGAGCCGAUGGCGCGAUGCCUCCUUGACUAUUCAUCGCUUCAAAGUGUCUGGUCCGGAGAACUCAACCGUCAUCCCUCACCGCGCGUCUGUCACCCUCUCACUCCGUCUUGUCCCGAACCAAUCGACGGCGCAAAUUCGACAGGACCUUAUCAGUUUUCUCGAAGAUCAAUUCGCCAAUUUGGGCACCAAAAAUAACCUCUCCAUCCAAGUCGAUCAUCAGGCCGAGCCUUGGCUUGGAGAUCCAGAGAAUGAAAUCUUCCGCACUCUCGAGGCCGCGAUCAUGGAGGUGUGGGGACCUAUCAACGGAAACAGACGAGGAUCUGUCCCACUUACCAAGGCUUUCCCCAAAGUCCAUACCCCGGUCACAUCACCCACUGGCAAAUCGCAGCCUGCGACAUCAUCAACGCUUACUAAUGGCAGCGAUCAUUCUUCCGUGGCGGUUGCUUCUCCCACGAACGGAGGCGAUGAUGAAUCGACAGUGUACGCUGAUAAGCCUCGCAGACCGCUCUACAUCCGGGAAGGAGGGUCGAUUCCUUCGAUCCGCUUCCUCGAAACAGAAUUUAAUGCGCCAGCGGCACAUCUGCCAUGUGGCCAGGCCAGUGACAGUGCCCAUCUGGAUAAUGAAAGAUUGCGAUUGUCGAAUCUUUAUAAGAGCCGGGAUAUCUUUAAAAAAGUGUUUCGGGAGUUGCCGAGAAAGCAAACUCGUUGAGAGAUUUCGGGAAUACUUAUACAUUGCAUGCUGGAGUUAUAUUGGAUUGAUUUUAACGGGCAUUUGGCGGGGAAGGCAGCGGGGCGCAGUAUUUGAGCAUUAUUUGUUGACAUUGCCUCUGUUCCUUUCCAUAUAUUUCCAAUCUUAUUUACUUCCGGGAAGGAACUUAGACACAUCAUGAAAUCAAUAAGAAGACU